GAUCUUAUUGAAAACCCUCGCCUGGAAGAUACAAAAUGGCUACUGCGAAACUAAUAUUUGAAAAUGAAAGAACAAAACAGGAGAAAAUGAACGAAAGUGAAAGUGCCACACUUCCUAUUGAAGAAAGACAAAAAGGUGGGAUAUACGAGUGUGUGUCUAAAUAUCCAACAAACAUUGAUUAUUUGAAAAUGAUUCUGGACCGUGGAACAGAAGAUGUUAACUUUAGAGGUGAACAUGGAAGAACGGCUUUACAUGAGGCAGUAAGGAAAGAUGCAGUUGAAAGUGUCAAGCUUUUAAUGUCAGCUGGUGCUAGUUUAGAAUUCAGAGAUGUAGAUGAAAAUACUGCUUUACAUUAUGCUUAUUUGGAUGCAAAGCCUGAAGAAAAUGCAGGAGAAAUUUUCAAAAUUUUAUUUCCCCGAGGCAAGAACGCUGAGAGCAUUAGAAUAAGUAAAACCAGAAAAUUGUCCGAAAUUCAAAAGUGCCGUUGCCAUUUGAGAACAUUUGAACAGACUUGGUUCGACGCAGCAACGUCUACAAAUAAGAAUGGGGAUAACAUACUUGAACUCGUCUUAAAAGGGGACAAUCUGAACGAAACUAAAAGGGAAAUUGUUCAGUACUUGAUCAAAGAAACAGAGAUAUUUUACCUCUUAAAACUUCUUAGAAACACACAACGGAACUCAACAGUUGAAGUUGGUAUACCCUUUGAAAGCACUGACAACUUUUCAAUUAAUUCACCUUUUAGACGGCUUUUAGAGCUCUAUCCAGAAAUUAUCUCUGACCUCAUGGAUAGAUGCAUAGUAAAAGAUACAGGAAAAGUUCAUUACCAUUUUGAGCUCCUGGAUGAUACCUACCUUUUACAUACAUGGCCACCGCAACAGGAGUACUACUGCAAAUGGCUAUACGAAUCCAAAUGGGAACAUAUUCAUGCUAAAGAAAAAAAGAGUCGUGAAGUCUACACAAAAAAAUUGUCGAAAAUAAGUAACAACCACCCUUUGAUGUUAAUGCUUAAACAUAACAGAGAUAAUACCUCUAAAGGCCCCGGAAAAAGGGAUGUUUACAGACAGCUUGUCGAUCAUCCUCUUGUAAAGGCUCUGAUUGAACAUAAAUGGUUACAUAUAGGCAGAAAGUUUCACAUCUUUAGCUUGAUUAUAUACAUGGUAUUUCUAUGUAGCCUGACGACGUUCCUAAUUGUUAUCGACACUCUUUACGUGCGCUUCCAGGAUUCAGAAAACAUAUCGACAACUUCAAACAAAACAGGCUGUAUAAAUUCUACAGUAUGCACAUCAACGUAUAUAUGCAGUUACUCAAAGGAUUGCAACAACACGACCCCUUGUUACAGUACGAGUUCAUAUAAUGUGACAACAACACCAACCACUCAAGAUCUUGUCACAUGUGAAACAUAUGGUAGCGAUCCAAUGAUUACUGUUUUGCAGAUAUUGGUCAUAUUCCUGGGAAUAAUCUUGGCUAUUAAAGAGAUUUACCAUAUAGUGAUGACAUAUGGGUGGGAGUACUUUAAACAAGUCAAAAACUGCAUUAAAUUGACAACUUAUGCAACCUCAUUACUUUUUGUGAUCAACUUAUCGGAGUGCAAGGACACAGCGUAUAGAGAGACAUGGCAAUGGGUUUUAGGCACAGUGGCUAUUUUCCUGGCAUGGGUCAAUCUGUUAGCUUAUGUAGAGAAAUUUGACUGGCUUGGGAUUUAUGUUUCUAUGCUGAACAAAAUUACAAAAACGUUUUUAUGUAAGAUUCUUCCAAUCGUUGCUAUUUUACUAGUAGCAUUUGCUUUAGCGUUCCUGUGUGCCCGCAAAAAGGAGGAUAAAUUUAAAGGUUUCCUGGUGUCAUUGCUGUCAACAUCGUCAAUGAUGGCUGAUGGGUUCGAUUAUGAAAUAAUUAGUAAAGAUCGUAAUACUUUUUUGGUUUUUAUCAGCCAUUUGACUUCCAGCACCUUUUUGAUUAUUAUGACUAUUAUAAUAAUGAAUUUAAUGGUUGGCGUAGCAAUACGUAAUGUCGAAGCAGUUCACAUGCAUGCAAUGGAAGCACACUCAACAUUGCAGAUUGAACACAGUUUGGAAUUGGAGCAUAUUUUCCAGGUUUUUAUCACAUUUUUAAUGAGAUUUAGACGUACAAAGAAGUUUGGUAUACAGCUCAAGGUCAAAUUCAUCCAGCAGCCUAACAAAGAAGUACUAGCAUAUACACGAUCUUUGGACAUCGGAAGAAAGAGGUACUCAAAAAUAGAAUAUUAUGAGUCGAAACCGGAAUGGCACACAUCGGCACCAGAAUAUGUAGCGGAACAGAUACGACCUUUGGACAUCGAAAGAAAGAGGUACUCAAACAUGGACAAUCAUGAAUCCAAACCGGAAUGGCAUCCAACGGCACCAUAUAAUAUAGCGAGAAACAGGUUUGACAUGAAUACACACAAGUUGAAUGACUGGGAAUGUUUUAACCGGUUUAUAUAUCUAGGGUCUGAAUUGUCAUAUAAUCCGCAUAACAAAUAUCCAUAUCGUAAGAAAGCUGAGUGUAUAGACAGACUUAUUGGUGCUGGGAAAGGAGUAGAGGUGGUGAAACAAUUAUCUACUAUAAGUAAAUAUGGCAGAUCAUGGCGACAAAACUAUUUGAUAUUUGCACUUGCAAUAUGUGCAAGAUCUAACGAUAAGGAAACAAAGAAAGAAGCAUAUAAAGAACUCAGUGCGAUAUGCCAUUUGCCGACACAUUUAUUUUUGUUUGUCAAUUAUUGCAAACAAGAAAGUUUGCGGUCAGGAUCCAAAGGUUGGGGAAGAGCACAUCGUAGAGCUAUAAUCAAGUGGUACGAAGAAAAGGCUAAAUAUCCAGUUGUUUUAGCUCGAUUUUUGACAAAAUACAAGUCACGUAAAAUGCAAACAACCUAUAAGUAUGAGGAAGGAGAGAAGUAUAAGGAGGAAGAGACCUGGUCGCAUACUGACAUAUUAAAGAACGCACAUCCACAGUUCAAAGAUGAUUUCAUGAAAGUAGUUCAGAAAUAUCUUUAUGGUGACUUUAAUAAAGCAAAAAGUUUUGCAUCAAGUAUGGAAAGGCCAAAUGAAAGUAUUUUAAAAUUUCUGAACUACAUAGAAGGUACAGAAAUAGCAAAAACAUGCACUGAUGUGAAACUCGAGGCACUUAUUAAGGAGUAUAAUCUGGAGCGAGAGCAUAUUCCAACACAGAGACCGAUGAUUCCCAUGGUUUGUAAAGCGAUUAUGUCAAACAUGACAGCGGAAAAAAAGAUUCUCAAUAUCAAUCUGAUGGCUUCUAAAGGCCUUUGUAACGAGGGGUCAGAAUGCGAAAAAGAAAUGAUUGCGAUACUUAAUGACGAGAAAUUUUUAUGUUUUGAAAAGAUUCAUCCAAUCAGAAUUCUAAUUACUUUAUUGUCGUACAAACUCGGAAAACAACAAGAGAAAACUAAAACUAAGAACGCUAGGGUCAAUAGUCGUAACGUAGAAUGGAAUGUGAACCAAAACAUCUGUCGGGCGCUCAAUGAAGCCUUUUAUCGAUCAUUCAAUACCGUUCAGUCGAGUAAAAAGCGCUUCUUGAUAGCGAUUUCUGGUAGCGAACAUAUGGAUACAAAAUGCACUAUUUGUCCUACAAUUAACUAUAAACAGGCUGCAGCGGUUAUGAUGAUGCUAACAAUUCGCACUGAAGAAAAAUGCAAAAUUGUUGGAUUUUCUGAUGGUCUAAAAGAACUAACAAUAGAAAAAAACGACAAAUUGGAGAUUGUAAGCCAGAAAAUAAGUGAAUUAAAAGCCGGCGAGACUGAUGUUUCUAUUCCAGUUCGUUGGGCUCUGGAAGAGAAAAAGAAAUUUGAUGUUUUUAUAGUGUAUUCCGACAACGACAAAACAAAGUGUCAUAAUGCAUCUGAAGCUCUGACUGAAUAUCAAAAGGAAAUGGAAAUACCUGAAGCAAAAUUGAUCGUUGUUUCGCUGUUAUCCACUGACAACACCAUUGCAGAUGAUCAAAAUCCUUUCAUUCUUAACAUUGUUGGUUUCGACAAAAAUGCUGCAGUUAUCAUGCAAAAAUUCGCCAACUCAGAAAUUUGACGUAUUGAUUUAUUGUUUGUAAUAUAUGGUCACUUGGCAAUUAUAUAUGUAAAGGCCUGAAUUAAUUUGAACAAUUGUAUAGACAUAUGUGGCUACAAAUUUAUUCACCGACAUGCUCUAAGGAAUCUUUUUCUAAACAUAACAACGGACGAAUUAAGAAAUGUGUAUCUCAAAUAAUGACUUUUUAUCUGACAAAGUAUAGAAGUGACUCAGCAUAUGAAGCAAGGCUACUCCAGAAAGAUAGCUUAUCAAAUGUGAUGAAUAUAUGGACUUUAACUGGUUCAAUAUACAUACAAACAAAAUUUGGACUGGUAAAAAGAAAUUGCAUAAACGGAUAAUCUAAUGAUGUACUAUUGAAAUGAACUCAAUAAAUAACAUGAGUUUUUUGUCUUUAAAUUUUGAAAUCAACAACAAAAUGACUUGAAGUAACAUAAUGAAAUAUGUCAGGAAAACCAUUCAUGAUCGUAGCCUUUAAUGCAAUGUAACCAGGCUCGGACGAGACUAUGAUGAGACAUUCAAAGUUUAUAAAAAUGUAUAUGUGUUCAUGCAUGUGUUUGUGUAUGUUUUAAUGUGUGUGUGUGUGUGCGUGCGUGCGUGCGUGCGUCUGUGCGUAUAUGUGUGUUGAUAUAAUCUUUAUAACGUUCAGUACUGAUAUCAGGCAAACUCAUUAGAUAUGUUAUGUGUGGUUAUCUUUAUAACGUUCACUACUGAUAUCAGGCAAACUAAUUAGAUAUGUUAUGUGUGUGUGUGUGUGUGUGUGUGUGUGCGUGUGUGUGUGUGUGUGUGUGUGCGUGCGUGUGUGUGUGCGUGUGUGUGUGUGUGAUGAUGAUAACACCUUGCUAUUCAUAUAUAUGCAUGUAAAGUGUGUUUGUACUUAAAUUGUAAGGAGUCAUAUUCAAAAUCUUUUCUGUAAUUUAUCUUUCUAAUGACAUAUUAUAAAAAAAUAAAUAAAAAUAAAAUUGGAUCAAAAUUGUCAGAAGAAAUGCAAAUUUAUAGUUUACUAUAGAUUUACACAUGCAUGUGUUUUGAUUUGUAAAUUAACAUGAUAUUGGCUAUACAAGUGUUCAAGAUUGUCAGCACAUUCUAAAGUAAAAUACCUCUGUAUUAAAAAAUAUUCAUGUCAAAUUAUUAACUAUUGUUAUAGAUUCUUUAUAAAAUCAAUUAUUUUUAUUAAUCAAUAAUAUUAUUUUUAUAUCUUAAUCACAUCACAAGCCAGUAAUUAUGAAAAUAUUUUAUAUAUUGAUAUUGUUCAAAUUAAUAAGUUAGUGUCGUUUUUUAUUGAACUAGAGUGUGCUUGGAUUGAGAUAUGUGUUGUAUAUAUAAAUGUACAAACUGCAACUGUUUUAUAUUUAACAGUUUAAAUGUCUAACUGGUUUUGCUAUAUUAUUAAUUUAGUUAUUGACAUCUGCGGUGAAAUAAUUAGUCUGGCUCUACAGAACGGAAACAAACGAUAAUAGAGAAAUAAGUUUGUUUUUAACAUUGAACUUUUCACUUAAAUUGUUCGUGUUUAAUCAACGUGCAUUCUGCUACAAAAAGAAAACUACUUUAGAAUCUGAAAUUCUUUGCUUUAGAAAAGUACUAAUUUACUCCUUUGGUCGGCAGAAAUGUUUUCAGAUAUAGUUCAGUUUUAUGUUCUGUCAAUCCAAUGUUACUCAGCGCUUGAUAAAACUUUUAAUCUGAUAACGUUUUUGCAAAUGCAUUAAAGAAAACAAAAAUGCUUGAUAAAAUUAUAAUCUCUUAUCUUAUAUUUGUGUACAUGUAUUAUGUAGGAUGCAGAAAAAAGUGUCGGACACGCACUGUCGCCACACAGGGAUAAUUCCGUCUCUCGGCUCGUCGGCUGAGCCUCGGAACAGCCUUGAACAGUAACUUGUUGUAUCGGUCUGUACAUGCAGUUGGUGUACUAUUCUUUUUACAAAAGUAAGAUUAGAUAGUAGAUUCGAGUAGUUUUGCGUAUUAUUGUUUUCUUUCAAUAAUAAUAAUAAUAAUAAUAAUAAUAAUAAUAAUAAUAA